AUGCAUAUAAAUACUCGAAAUGCGGCUCAUCUUGAAGGAUUGGAAUGUUGGUUAAAAGAACAGAGGUUGAAUUGUCCUUCGAUUGCUAUCAAGUAUUUGGGUUUACACAGUAGUACGUAUGUCGCUAAAUCUGAGACCAAUGAAAAAAGACAUGAACGCGAACAUAAACUUCCUACAAGUCGCAAUUUGCAAUGCAGUUAUAAUCCUUUUUCAGGAAGCAAUGAUUUCACUGAAAAUAAAACAAAAACACUGAUGAAGAAAUUUUAUGGUUUGUCAAAUAAAAUCCCUAAACAAAUUAAUCAAAUGACCAAAUGGUUGUGUCUUUCCAUUAAACAUAAUGCCGAUGCAAUUUUGUGCAUCCUACAAAUAGAUCUUCAAACAGCGCUUAAAAAGAUCAAUGAAAAUGCUAUGUUAACCAAAUCAAAAUUGAUUUAUGAUAGCUUAACUGGUAUGGAUGCAACCACACAAACGUAUCCGAUAUUGCACCUAUUUCGAAAAAGAGAAUUGAAUGAAGAAAAUGCCCAUCAGACAGAUGUAUGA